CAACAACAACAACUGAAGCUCUUACAGACAUCACAACUGUAGCUCCUCUGCCCCCCACAAUUGCAACUUCAAAUGUAGCAUCACCUACAACAACAACUGCAGAUGCUUCUACAACCACAGGUGCAGCACCUACCACAUCAAUCACAACUGCAGGUCCUACUACCAUUUUGACUCCUAAGACAAUCACAACUGAAGCUCCUACAGAAAUCACAACUGUAGCUCUUAUGCCCCCCACAAUUGCAACUUCAACUGUAGCAUCACCUACAACAUCGACUGCAGAUGCUUCCACAACCACAGGUGCAGCACCUACUACAUCAAUCACAACUGCAGGUCCUACUAUAAUUUUACCUCAAUCGACAACCACAACAACAUCCACUACAACAACUGUAGCUCCUACAAUGUCAAUCUCAACUGCAGGUCCUACUACCAAUUUAACUCCAACGACAACCACAACUGAAGCUCCUACAGACAUCAUAACUGUAGCUCCUAUGCCCCCCACAAUUGCAACUUCAAUUACAACUGUAGCAUCACCUGCAACAACAACUACAGAUGCUUCCACAACCACAAGUGCAGCACCUACUACAUCAAUCCCAACUGCAGGUCCUACUAUCAUUUUACCUCAAUCGACAACCACAACAACAUCCACUGCAACAACUGUAGCUCCUACAAUGUCAAUCUCAACUGCAGGUCCUACUGCCAAUUUAACUCCAACGACAACAACAACUGAAGCUCUUACAGACAUCACAACUGUAGCUCCUCUGCCCCCCACAAUUGCAACUUCAAUUACAACUGUAGCAUCACCUGCAACAACAACUACAGAUGCUUCCACAACCACAGGUGCAGCACCUACUACAUCAAUCCCAACUGCAGGUCCUACUAUCAUUUUACCUCAAUCGACAACCACAACAACAUCCACUACAACAACUGUAGCUCCUACAAUGUCAAUCUCAACUGCAGGUCCUACUGCCAAUUUAACUCCAACGACAACAACAACUGAAGCUCUUACAGACAUCACAACUGUAGCUCCUCUGCCUCCCACAAUUGCAACUUCAAAUGUAGCAUCACCUACAACAACAACUGCAGAUGCUUCCACAACCACAGGUGCAGAACCUACUACAUCAAUCACAACUGCAGGUCCUACUACCAUUUUGACUCCUAAGACAAUCACAACUGAAGCUCCUACAGAAAUCACAACUGUAGCUCUUAUGCCCCCCACAAUUGCAACUUCAACUGUAGCAUCACCUACAACAACAAUUGCAGAUGCUUCCACAACCACAGGUGCAGCACCUACUACAUCAAUCACAACUGCAGGUCCUACUAUCAUUUUACCUCAAUCGACAACCACAACAACAUCCACUACAACAACUGUAGCUCCUACAAUGUCAAUCUCAACUGCAGGUCCUACUACCAAUUUAACUCCAACGACAACCACAACUGAAGCUCCUACAGACAUCAUAACUGUAGCUCCUAUGCCCCCCACAAUUGCAACUUCAAUUACAACUGUAGCAUCACCUGCAACAACAACUACAGAUGCUUCCACAACCACAAGUGCAGCACCUACUACAUCAAUCCCAACUGCAGGUCCUACUAUCAUUUUACCUCAAUCGACAACCACAACAACAUCCACUACAACAACUGUAGCUCGUACAAUGUCAAUCUCAACUGCAGGUCCUACUGCCAAUUUAACUCCAACGACAACAACAACUGAAGCUCUUACAGACAUCACAACUGUAGCUCCUCUGCCCCCCACAAUUGCAACUUCAAAUGUAGCAUCACCUACAACAACAACUGCAGAUGCUUCUACAACCACAGGUGCAGCACCUACCACAUCAAUCACAACUGCAGGUCCUACUACCAUUUUGACUCCUAAGACAAUCACAACUGAAGCUCCUACAGAAAUCACAACUGUAGCUCUUAUGCCCCCCACAAUUGCAACUUCAACUGUAGCAUCACCUACAACAACAACUGCAGAUGCUUCCACAACCACAGGUGCAGCACCUACUACAUCAAUCACAACUGCAGGUCCUACUAUAAUUUUACCUCAAUCGACAACCACAACAACAUCCACUACAACAACUGUAGCUCCUACAAUGUCAAUCUCAACUGCAGGUCCUACUACCAAUUUAACUCCAACGACAACCACAACUGAAGCUCCUACAGACAUCAUAACUGUAGCUCCUAUGCCCCCCACAAUUGCAACUUCAACUACAACUGUUGAAUCACCUACAACAACAACUACAGAUGCUUCCACAACCACAAGUGCAGCACCUACUACAUCAAUCCCAACUGCAGGUCCUACCACCAUUUUGACUCCUAAGACAAUCACAACUGAAGCUCCUACAGAAAUCACAACUGUAGCUCUUAUGACCCCCACAAUUGCAGCUUCUACUUCAACAACUGUUGCUCCCACGACCACAACUGCAGCAGCUCCUAUAACAACAACUGUAGAUGCUUCCAUAAACACAACAGCAGCACCUACUACGUCAAUCACAACUGCAGGGCCUACUAACAUUUUAACUCCAACGACAAGCACAACUGAGGCUCCUUCAGACGUCACUACUGUUGCUCCUUUGAACCCCACAAUUGCAGCUUCUUCUUCAACAACUGUAGCUCCCACGAUCACUACAACUGCAGAAGCUCCUACAACAACAACUGCAGCUGCUUCUACAUUUACUACUGCAUCCCCUACUGCAACCACAACAGAAGCUCCUUCUACAACAACUGUAGCACCAAUGACUUUAGGAACAACAGUCCCAACGACAACUGCAGCUAAUUCCUCAACUUUAGCUCCUUCAAUUCCAAUCCCAACUGCAGCUCCUACAACAACAACUCUUGCUCCUACGACCUCUACAACUUCAGCACCAACUACUUUAUUCACAACUGUAGGUCCUACUACCAUUUUACCUCCUUCAACAACCACAACAACAUCCACUACAACAACUGUUGCUCCUACAAUGUCAAUCUCAGCUGCAGGUCCUACUGCCAAUUUAACUCCAACGACAACCUCAACUGAAGCUCCAACAGACAUCACAACUGUAGCUCCUAUGCACCCCACAAUUGCAACUUCUACUUCAACAACUGUUGCUCCCACGACCACAAGUGCAGCAGGCCCUAUAACAACAACUGUAGAUGCUUCCAUAAACACAACAGCAGCACCUACUACGUCAAUCUCAACUGCAGGUCCUACUACCAAUUUAACUCCAACGACAACCUCAACUGAAGCUCCAACAGACAUCACAACUGUAGCUCCUAUGCACCCCACAAUUGCAACUUCAACUGUAGCAUCACCUACAACAACAACUGCAGAUGCUUCCACAACCACAGGUGCAGCAGCUACUACAUCAAUCACAACUGCAAGUCCUACUACCAUUUUGACUCCUAAGACAAUCACAACUGAAGCUCCUACAGAAAUCACAACUGUAGCUCUUAUGCCCCCCACAAUUGCAACUUCAACUGUAGCAUCACCUACAACAACAAUUGCAGAUGCUUCCACAACCACAGGUGCAGCACCUACUACAUCAAUCACAACUGCAGGUCCUACUAUCAUUUUACCUCAAUCGACAACCACAACAACAUCCACUACAACAACUGUAGCUCCUACAAUGUCAAUCUCAACUGCAGGUCCUACUACCAAUUUAACUCCAACGACAACCACAACUGAAGCUCCUACAGACAUCAUAACUGUAGCUCCUAUGCCCCCCACAAUUGCAACUUCAAUUACAACUGUAGCAUCACCUGCAACAACAACUACAGAUGCUUCCACAACCACAAGUGCAGCACCUACUACAUCAAUCCCAACUGCAGGUCCUACUAUCAUUUUACCUCAAUCGACAACCACAACAACAUCCACUACAACAACUGUAGCUCGUACAAUGUCAAUCUCAACUGCAGGUCCUACUGCCAAUUUAACUCCAACGACAACAACAACUGAAGCUCUUACAGACAUCACAACUGUAGCUCCUCUGCCCCCCACAAUUGCAACUUCAAAUGUAGCAUCACCUACAACAACAACUGCAGAUGCUUCUACAACCACAGGUGCAGCACCUACCACAUCAAUCACAACUGCAGGUCCUACUACCAUUUUGACUCCUAAGACAAUCACAACUGAAGCUCCUACAGAAAUCACAACUGUAGCUCUUAUGCCCCCCACAAUUGCAACUUCAACUGUAGCAUCACCUACAACAACAACUGCAGAUGCUUCCACAACCACAGGUGCAGCACCUACUACAUCAAUCACAACUGCAGGUCCUACUAUAAUUUUACCUCAAUCGACAACCACAACAACAUCCACUACAACAACUGUAGCUCCUACAAUGUCAAUCUCAACUGCAGGUCCUACUACCAAUUUAACUCCAACGACAACCACAACUGAAGCUCCUACAGACAUCAUAACUGUAGCUCCUAUGCCCCCCACAAUUGCAACUUCAACUACAACUGUUGAAUCACCUACAACAACAACUACAGAUGCUUCCACAACCACAAGUGCAGCACCUACUACAUCAAUCCCAACUGCAGGUCCUACCACCAUUUUGACUCCUAAGACAAUCACAACUGAAGCUCCUACAGAAAUCACAACUGUAGCUCUUAUGACCCCCACAAUUGCAGCUUCUACUUCAACAACUGUUGCUCCCACGACCACAACUGCAGCAGCUCCUAUAACAACAACUGUAGAUGCUUCCAUAAACACAACAGCAGCACCUACUACGUCAAUCACAACUGCAGGGCCUACUAACAUUUUAACUCCAACGACAAGCACAACUGAGGCUCCUUCAGACGUCACUACUGUUGCUCCUUUGAACCCCACAAUUGCAGCUUCUUCUUCAACAACUGUAGCUCCCACGAUCACUACAACUGCAGAAGCUCCUACAACAACAACUGCAGCUGCUUCUACAUUUACUACUGCAUCCCCUACUGCAACCACAACAGAAGCUCCUUCUACAACAACUGUAGCACCAAUGACUUUAGGAACAACAGUCCCAACGACAACUGCAGCUAAUUCCUCAACUUUAGCUCCUUCAAUUCCAAUCCCAACUGCAGCUCCUACAACAACAACUCUUGCUCCUACGACCUCUACAACUUCAGCACCAACUACUUUAUUCACAACUGUAGGUCCUACUACCAUUUUACCUCCUUCAACAACCACAACAACAUCCACUACAACAACUGUUGCUCCUACAAUGUCAAUCUCAGCUGCAGGUCCUACUGCCAAUUUAACUCCAACGACAACCUCAACUGAAGCUCCAACAGACAUCACAACUGUAGCUCCUAUGCACCCCACAAUUGCAACUUCUACUUCAACAACUGUUGCUCCCACGACCACAAGUGCAGCAGGCCCUAUAACAACAACUGUAGAUGCUUCCAUAAACACAACAGCAGCACCUACUACGUCAAUCUCAACUGCAGGUCCUACUACCAAUUUAACUCCAACGACAACCUCAACUGAAGCUCCAACAGACAUCACAACUGUAGCUCCUAUGCACCCCACAAUUGCAACUUCAACUGUAGCAUCACCUACAACAACAACUGCAGAUGCUUCCACAACCACAGGUGCAGCAGCUACUACAUCAAUCACAACUGCAAGUCCUACUACCAUUUUGACUCCUAAGACAAUCACAACUGAAGCUCCUACAGAAAUCACAACUGUAGCUCUUAUGCCCCCCACAAUUGCAACUUCUACUUUAACAACUGUUGCUCCCACGACCACAACUGCAGCAGCUCCUAUAACAACAACUGUAGAUGCUUCCAUAAACACAACAGCAGCUCCUACUACGUCAAUCACAACUGCAGGUCCUACUAACAUUUUAACUCCUACGACAAGCACAACUGAGGCUCCUUCAGACGUCACUACUGUUGCUCCUUUGAACCCCACAAUCGCAGCUUCUUCUUCAACAACUGUAGCUUCCACGAUCACUACAACUGCAGAAGCUCCUACAACAACAACUGUAGCUGCUUCUACAUUUACUACUGCAUCCCCUACUGCAACCACAACAGAAGCUCAUUCUACAACAACUGUAGCACCAAUAACAUUAGGAACAACAGUCCCAACGACAACUGCAGCUAAUUCCUCAACUUUAGCUCCUUCAAUGCCAAUCCCAACUGCAGCUCCUACAACAACAACUCUUGCUCCUACAACCUCUACAACUUCAGCACCCAUUACUUUAUUCACAACUGCAGGUCCUACUACCAUUUUACCUCCGUCGACAACCACAACUGUAUCACCUACGACAACCACAACAACAUCCACUACAACUUCUGUAGCACCUACAAUGUCAAUCUCAACUGCAGGUCCUACUACCAAUUUAAUUCCAACGACAACCACAACUGAAGCUCAUACAGACAUCACAACUGUAGCUCUUAUGACCUCCACAAUUGCAGCUUCUACUUCAACAACUGUAGCUCUCACAACCACUACAACAGCUCCUAUAACAACAACUGUAGCUGCUUCCAUGAACACAACAGCAGCACCUACUAUGUCAAUCACAACUGCAGGUCCUACUAACAUUUUAACUCUAACGACAAGCACAACUGAGGCUCCUUCAGACGUUACUACUGUUGCUCCUUUGAACCCCACAAUUGCAGCUUCUUCUUCAACAACUGUAGCCCCUACGACAACAACUGUAGCUGCUUCUACAAUUACUACUGCAUCCCCUACAGCAACCACAACUGUAGCACCAACGACAUCAGCAACAACAUUCCUAACGACAACUGCAGCUAAUUCCUCAACUGUAGCUCCUUCAAUGCCAAUCACAACUGCAGCUCCUACAACAACAGCUCUUGCUCCUACUACCUCUACAACUUCAGCACCCACUACGUCAUUCACAACAGCAGGUCCUACUACCAUUUUGCCUCCUUCGACAACCACAACUGUAUCACCUAUGGCAACCACAACAACAUCCACUACAACAACUGUAGCUCCUAUAAUGUCAAUCUCAACUGCAGGUCCUACUACCAAUUUAACUCCAACGACAACCACAACUGAAGCUCCUACAGACAUCACAAGUGUGGCUCCUAUGCCCCCCACAAUUGCAACUUCACCUACAACUGUAGCAUCACCUACAACAACAACUGCAGAUGCUUCCACAACCACAGGUGCAGCACCUACUACAUCAAUCACAACUGCAGGUCCUACUACCAUUUUGACUCCUAAGACCAUCACAACUGCAGCUCUUAUGACCCCCACAAUUGCAGCUUCUACUUCAACAACUGUUGCUCCCACGACCACAACUGCAGCAGCUCCUAUAACAACAAUUUUAGCUGCUUCCACAAAUAAAACAGCAGCACCUACUAUGUCAAUCACAACUGCAGGUCCUACUAACAUUUUACCUCUUUCGACAACCACAACUGUAGCUCCUACGACAACCUCAACAACUGUAGCUCCUACAAUGUCAAUCUCAACUGCAGGUCCUACUUCCAUUUUACCUCCUACGACAACCACAACUGAAGCUAAUACAGAAAUCACAACUGUAGCUCCUACAACACCAAUCAAAACUGCAGGUCCUAAAACCAUAUUAAUGACAACCGCCACUGCAACUUCUACUACAACUACAAAUGCAGGUCCUUCAACCACCACAACUGCAGCGCCUACUACAACUAGAACAGCAGCUCCUACAAGUACAACCACAAUUGCACUUCCUACCUCGACAACCACAACGGCAACAUUUACCUCAACUUCUACGGCUUCAGUGGCAUCAACUAGAUUUGGCACAGUGGUGGUUUUUGUAAGACUAGAGUUCCAGCUCAACACAGCAGUCCCCAGUAAGGAUGUCGUCCUUGGUGCCGUCGACAAGAAACUGUCUACACAAUUCAGGACCUUCAAAAUUCAAAGAAACACUCAAGCCACCCUCCAGAAUGCAACUUAUAUCAAACUUUCAGAUACUUCAUUUGCUGUUGAUCUUGGUUUCAAAAUAACCAAUGUAUCCAUGGAGGAGAGACUGCUUCAAAGUGCUAGAGUCACUUUCACCGAUGAUACCUACAGCCAGAUACAGGAUUCAAUUAACAGCCUACUGCAUGAUAUUCUCAGUGAACCAAACGGCAAACAAUUUGACUUUCCCAAAGCCAAAUUUAGUGUUGUUGGCAAUCAAAUCAGGGCAAACGUGACGUAUGUAUACAAAGAGAAAGACGUCAACCUCCCUAGUGCCUUUCUAGGGGAUGUUUUAAAAGUCUCAGGUCUCCUAACAACCACUGUUGCACCAACAACAACUACCACCACCUCACCACCUACUACCCCUUUGCUGACCACUCCUUUCAGUAUAAGUGACAGAGGUUUUCCUGGCUGGGCUCUGGCCAUUAUCAUCCCCUGUGGCAUCGCUAUCAUUCUGGUACCCCUGUGGAUCCUGCUAUGUUGCAUGCUAUGUGGCGGCUGUGCAGCUUUAAGGAGACGCUGGCAACGACACAGAGCUUACAACGUACAGUACACCACAAGAAACGGCAUCUUCUGAGGUGACAAGACUAUCAACAUAACAGCCAAUCAUCUAUAUCUGCUCAUCAUCACAACAAAUAAUAUAUUUUUCAUGUAAUCCAUACACCAUUACUUUUGAGAAGAGAGAACAGUAUUUCUCAUUUUAGUCAAAGCUACAGCUGAGCUGGUAUAUUAUGCAUUUAUGUAAUUUAAUCAUUUAUAUACACAGAAAUAUUAUUUUUGUCAUUUCCCCUGCUGAUUUAAGCUAUUAACUCACUAUAUUUGAAAGUCUGCAAUACAGCACUUGUUUCUUUAUCAUACAAUUUAACACAUGUAAUAAAAGCUUUUCAAAUCAA